CCCGCACAAUGAGUAAAAAGUUUGUAUGUGUUAAGCACAUAACACUGAUGUAAUUUUUUUAAACAUCAUACUAAUGAUAUUUCAUUUUACACUCUGUAGUAUUUACAUAGAUUUCUUAACAUGAAGCUUGUUGAUCAUGUUGUGCAAAGUUUCUGCGUCGCCAAAGUAUUCAGAGAAAAUACUGAUCGUAUCAAUAGCAUUGAUUUCUCGGCAAAUGGUGAAACACUGAUUUCGAGCAGCGAAGACGACUCCAUUGUAAUUUACGAUUGUGAAAAGGGAACGCACAAGAAGACCCUGAACAGCAAAAAAUAUGGAGUUGAUCUCAUUCAUUACACACAUGCUCCUAACACAGCAGUGCAUAGUUCAACUAAAGUGGAUGACACUAUUCGAUAUCUUUCCCUCCAUGACAACAAAUAUAUUCGGUACUUUCCAGGUCACACAAAAAAAGUUGUGACGUUGUGUAUGUCGCCUGUUGAUGACAGUUUCUUGUCAGGGUCUCUUGAUAAAUCAAUUCGACUGUGGGAUCUGCGCUCCCCAGGAUGUCAGGGUGUAAUGCACUUGACUGGUAGACCUGUGGCAAACUUUGACCCUGAAGGACUAAUUUUUGCUGUUGGUGUUAAUUCACAAUCAGUGAAAUUAUAUGAUCUGAGAUCUUAUGAAAAGGGUCCAUUCAAUAGCUUUAAGCUUCCACAAGACAAAGAUUGUGAUUGGACAGGUCUUAAGUUCAGCCCUGAUGGGAAGAUGAUUCUUAUAUCCACUAAUGGGCAGGUCAUACAUUUAAUAGAUGCUUUCCAAGGAAAACCACUCCAAACAUUAAUGGGUCACAUUAACAACAAAGGGCUUCCAUUAGAAGCUUCCUUCAGCCCAGAUUCUCAGUUCGUGUUUAGUGGAUCCACCGAUGGUAGAAUCCAUGUAUGGAGUGCUAAAACAGGUGUUAAAACAGCAGUUCUCAACUGUGAUCAUACAGGCCCUGUUCAGUGUGCUCAGUUUAACCCAAAAUAUAUGAUGUUAGCAUCUGCCUGUACAAAUAUGGCUUUCUGGCUGCCCAAUAUAGAUGAAGAAAUGUGACAAAAAAUAAAGAACUUUCUUGUACAGUCCCAUAGAACACCUGAAACACAAGAAACCCACCAGUUUAAAUGAAUAUAUCCUUACUCUGGUGGCAAAUAAUAUAACUAAAACCUUUACUUGAAGUCUGGCAUUGAAUAGGAAAAUAAAACUAUAAUCCCAGUUGUGGAAUCCUUUCAAGGCUUCAGUUUAGGCGUAUCAGUGAUGUUAUUUUACUGUCAUCAAAAACAUUUGCAUAUAUAUGACCAAGCCAUUUUUUAUUUCUUGUGUGUUUCAGCAUUUUUGUCACCUCUUCACCAUUUUUAUAAGUUAGGAAUACGAUUGAUAUAAAAGGUUAUAUUAAACAUAAAUGUAACAUUUUUCUUAACUGUGCUUAUAAUAAAUUCAGUGCUAUAAUUCAAAUAAUCAUAUUUCAUAGAGAGUUAAGAUUUUCAUAUAACUCAAAUUUUUUAAGAAACCUAAUCAAAGUAAUCUGGGGUGUAAAAACCAUUGAAAGAUGAACAUUUUUUCGUUUUCAGAUGUGUGUGCAUCUUAUUAUGUGUGCUCAGUUUAUUAAUAGUGGGGGCCGUAAUCAAGCCUUAAAUAUUUCUAACACUAUUCUGUAUUUUAGCAUUCAAUUUUUAGGUAUAUAGAUCUGUCACUAGUUUUCUUACACAUGUAUAGAAACUAUUUCAUGUUUGCUUUGAUCUUUCCUUGUGCCCAACAUCAUAAAGGUGUGAAGUUUUUAUACUGAUGACUAGGUAUCUCCCUAUUACAUAAGUUAGUCAGUGGGAUUUUUUUUAUCUAUUAUUGUGAGGAAUGAGGUUCAGUAGUUCCUUUAGAGAAUGUUGCGUGCUGUCAUUUUAACAUUUUGUACUGCCUAGCAAUAAUCAAUAAAAAUAGAACAUUUUACAUUAUACUGUUAAAAUUUUAGAUAAGAAUAGAAUAAAAUAUUUGUUGCUACUGUUCAUAAUAUACUUAGAUAUCUUUGACAUGAUGAUGUGACUGUUACUUAUUGCCAAUAUUGUAUAGCCAUGUUUUUGGUAGUUUAGAAUCUAAUUUGUGUCUUGUAAGUGAAUACAUACUGAGUAGGCUUUACUUGUUCUGGUAGGAACUGAAGAAAUUUGUUGUUGCUCAAAUAUAACAGCUUGGUGAUGUCUUUAAAAGAUUCUGUAUAGGAAAAAACAACAAUUUUAGUACAAAGGUAAUCAUUGGCACAUUUUAAUUUUAUAUAACUAACAGUAAAAGAUAGAAAUUAUAGCACUGAUGAUUUGAUCUGUUUAAAUAUAAACAUGAGAUUUGAUAAUUGGAUAAAACAAGUUCAUAUGUUUUACACAUUUACUGUAUUUCUUGUUUGGUUUCCUUUUUUGUUGUUGUAAUUGUUAAGUGUGCAGUGUGGCAGUAUGAAAUAUAAAGGAAUUCAGUAUAAUUCGCAUUUCAUGUUUUAGCCAUGAAUGUAUGUAUGAAAAAAUUUAAGAUAUCUGACUUAUGUAUAUAUUGUAUCAAACUUACACAUUAUUGUUUAUAGUAGAAAUCACAUACUAAGAAGUAAAAGAUUCAAUGAUGUUUUAAGUUAACCAGUUUUAGGUAUAUUUUGUAAGUAUUUGAUGAUAGACAUGUACACAUGAAAGUUACCAGUUUUUAUUAACUUGUAAGAUUCUUAGCAUACAGUAUUUUUCUCCAGUGUUUGUGAACAAAUAAGACAGCUAGUGGUAAACAGCUUGAAAAUUGUAAUAAAAAACAUCAUUUACAUUGUUUUCUAUCUUUGUAAAUAUAAAAGAGCUAUAGAGUUGACUUAGCCAAUCUCUGUGUGAUGAUAUGGGUGUUUAUAUUCUUUAUGAUUAGCUUAGUGUUUCAAGCCACAACCAAUUUUUCACUAAUUUUGUUUUAUUGAAUGUUUGGUGUUAAGGAUGGUAGAAGAGUGGUUAAUUAGAAUUCUCUCCUUUUUGCUAUCAUAAGAAUAUUAAAGGAUCAGUAGAAUUUGUCAUCUUUCAUGUACUUAAGGAAAAUAAUUUUUAUACUUCAAAUGUGAGUGAAAUGUAUAUGUAGAGAAAAAUAUAAUUUUCAUCAUUUCAGAAUAGUCAUUCAUGUGGAAAUGAUUCACAUAAUUAGCAUUGUUAGUUCUUUUUCAAAUUUUUUUAUUAAAAUGAUUAAAAACUUAUUACGUUUUUCUUUUUAACUGCAUACCUUGACUGUUCAUAAUGAGCCUCUUUUAACAUUGAAAUUGAUACCGUCUGCUUUGAAAUAUUUUUAUUCAUUUCGUAUUGUAAAUUUGUAGAAAAUUAUAAAAAUCUUUGUGUAAAAUGUUUUUAUGUAUCAUCAUUAUUGUCAAAAAUGUGAUAAAACCUACAAAGAAAAAUACAAUAGCAUUAGCAGACCAGUUUAUCUUAAAAAAUAGUUGUGUUUAUCAAACAUAAAAAAAUUAUGUUUGUCUUAAUGUCGAUUGUAUAUCUCGAACAAAUGAACUGACUUGAUGUGAUUGUCAUACUCAACAUGUUUAAGAUUUUGUAGUUAUACAUAACAUAUAUGGCAGAAAUAAAAGAAUUAGCCACA